AACGAAUGGCAGGCUGCUUGGAACAUAACCAACGCCAUACAGGGUAUGGUGAUUGUCAGUCUGCCGUACGUGGUCCUGAAGAGUGGCUACUGGGCCGUAGUCGCCAACGUGCUAGUAGCUGGUAUUUGUUGCUACACGGGAAAGAUCCUGGUCGACUGCUUAUACGAGGAGGACGAACACGGGGUCAGGGUCAGGGUUAGGAAGAGUUACGUGGAGGUAGCUGACUUUGCUUUCGGAUCUGUGAUUGGAGGAAGAAUGGUAUACGUCGCUCAAAUUAUUGAGCUGCUGAUGACGUGUAUUUUGUACAUGGUCCUUAGUGGUGAUCUUAUCAUUGGUAGCUUUCCUAACCUUCCCGUCGAUCUGUCGUCAUGGAUCAUGAUAAGCACGGCAUUCCUUAUCCCUUGUGCGUUUCUACAGUCGCUUCGUAGUGUGUCGUGGUCAAGCUUCUGGUGCACCGUCGCACAUCUUAUCAUCAACGCCAUUGUACUGAUUUUCUGUAUUACCAAAGCAGCGCAAUGGAAGGUCAAAGAGGUUAAAGUGCAUCUGGAUAUAUGGUCAUUCCCUAUAUGUCUAGGAAUCAUUGUCUUUAGUUACACAUCCCAGAUUUUUGUGCCUACUUUGGAGGGAAACAUGGUCGACAAAAGUAAAUUUUCCUGCAUGAUGAACUGGACUCACUUUGCUGCUGCUCUGUUCAAGUCUCUGUUCGGAUAUAUAGGAUUUCUGACAUGGGGAAGUGCAACCAAGGAAGUAAUUACCAAUAACAUAUCAUCAGAAAUAUUCAAAAUCAUUAUUAACAUGUUUCUUGUCAUCAAAGCAUUGUUUUCGUAUCCUCUACCAUACUACGCCGCUGUAGAGUUGAUAGACACCGCUCUGUUCAGCACUGGAGGUAAGGCAGUAUUUCCUUCUUGUCUAGACGACAAAAAGGCUUUAAAAGUCUGGGCUGUCGCACUCCGUUUAGGACUUGUACUAGCGACGAUGCUGAUGGCAAUAUUUGUACCGUUCUUUGCCCUCCUAAUGGGACUUAUUGGGAGCUUCACCGGAACGAUGUUAUCCCUAGUCUGGCCCUCCUACUUUCAUUUGUACAUAAAAUGGAGGACAUUGCGUUGGUAUUCGAAGGCUCUAGAUAUUGGAGUGAUGAUACUGGGAUUUGUGUGCUGUUUUGUUGGGAUGUACUACAGCGGCAUAGCACUUUAUCAGGCAAUACGGGGACUCCCAUCCACCCCUAGUCCCGCGUCACAUGUGCCCUUUCAUAAGGGCGUAUGA